GCCCUGCCGGGCCGGGUCGGACCGAGCCGAGCCCUGGCAGCGCUGCCAGCCGCUGGGCUCUGCUCGGCUUCGGCGCCGCGCGGGGCCAUGGCAACCUGGCGCCGGGACGGCCGGGUGACCGCCGUGCAGAGGCUGGGCUGCGCCGGGCUGGCGGGAACGCUGAGCCUCAGCCUGACGGCGCCACUGGAGCUGCUGACGGUGUUGGCGCAGGUGGGCACCUGGCAUAGCCGGAGGGGGCUGCGCGCCGCCGGGCACUGCCUGUGCCGGACUGAAGGCGUGCGGGCCCUAUGGAAGGGGAACCUCACAGCCUGCCUGCGCCUCUUCCCCUACAGCGCGAUGCAGAUCGCCGCAUCCCGUCGACUUAUUAUACUUUUCACGGAUGAAUUGGGUCACAUUUCCCACUGGAGAGCCAUCAUGGCAGGAAGUCUGGCUGGCAUGGUCGCAACCAUCGUGACUUACCCCACUGAUGUAAUUAAGACACGUCUCAUUGUGCAGAACCGACUGGAACCAUCUUAUGAAGGAAUUCUUCAUGCUUUUUACAAAAUCUACCAGCAAGAAGGAUUCCGUGCGCUCUACCGUGGUGUUUCACCAGCUAUAUUAGGUGCUGUGCCAUUCUCUGCAGGUUCGUUCUUUGUUUACAUCAGUCUGGACAGAAUCUGGAGAGAGCCCAUAGUUCAUUUCACUCCCCUUCAGAACUUCAUCAAUGGCUGUGUAGCGGCUGCUGUGGCACAGACACUUUCUUUCCCCUUUGAGACUGUCAAGAGGAAGAUGCAGGCUCAGAGUCCUUGGCUUCCCCACUAUGGAGGAGUUGACGUCCAUUUCACUGGCAUGACUGACUGCUUCCGACAAACUGUGAAGUACAAAGGUGUGCUUGGACUUUGGAAUGGACUCACACCUAGCCUGCUCAAGAUCGUGCCAUACUUCGGUGUUAUGUUUAGCACCUUUGAAUUCUGCAAGCGUGUCUGCCUGUACAGAAACGGUUACAUCGAAUCUCCUUUGAAUUACAAGCUAACUCCUGGUGUGGACCAGAGUUUACAGCCACAAGAACUGCGAGAAUUAAAACUCCUCCGAAGGGAAAAUUUUGAGCCAAGGAAAUCAGCUCUUGAAAACUGACAUCAGAGUGUCCAUUGUCCCUGCACACUGCCUUUCUUAAGGACCUUUGGGAGAAAAGCGUGCCAAACUACAGGUACCAGUGUUCCUGCAGCUUGUUUGGGUUUGGUGCUGAGACUCUGGUGUCAGGAAUGAGUAAAUUUUGUAUCUCAUUUGGUGGAUGGAUGUAAACAAUAUGAGCAACAAGCAUAUACCGAAGAGGAAAUAUGCAACUACUUUGAAACCACUGUGGUACUGGAACUUGAAAUUACAUUGUUCUAGGUGCUUUUCCAUACUGAAUGGCCAUUUUGAGACAAAACUACCUUGAGCAAGGUGAGGAAACUGAGAUGGAAGUAUAAUUCAUGUUUUAAAAUACUACAAAAAUUCAAAUUAUAAACACACAGGAAUUACUACUGAAGUCUCUAUUUUCAGUGAUAUUGUGUGGCUGUGCCAUUCUGCGGAUGCAGAAUCAAUCUCAAUUCAGUCACACUCCAGACCCCAUUCUUCCAUUUUUGAAAUCUACCUGAGAAUAAUAAUUUUUGUAUGAACCCUAGUCUUAAAAAUGAAAAUAUGCUGCUGCAACUGUGCUUUUGCUAAGAGAGAACUGUAAAGUGCAAGCCAAACUGCAAUACACUGGAAUGACAAUCUUGCAAACUUAAGUGCAUGCUAGAAAACAUUGCCUCCCUUUCUCCUGUGUUGUUGCUGCAUGUAGGUGAAUUUAUUUCAGGCUCUGAAAAAUACUUUUCCUGAAGUUCUCUAACUGAAAACUUUGCUGAAAAAAUGCAGUUCUUAAAUGUGUUAGGAUUUAGGAGCCACGAGCCCAGUCCCAUUGUUUAGGAAUUCUCAAAGCCCUAAUUUUUAUAUUAAACUAUUUUUUUACUUUUUCUGUGCACACCCAGGCCUUCUGUGCUGCUCAGAACUUGCCAGCAAAACAGCACUGUGCACACAACCUGUGUUUUUUCCACAUUUACUGCUGUGAUUCAGAAGCCACAGGUAGUUUCUGUACAUAGGAACCUCUACUGUGAGGCUACUGCUGGUUCCAGUGCAAUUGAUGGGCCUCGGACCAGUCUGAGGAGCUUUUGUAUGAUAGAAGAUCAUCUUGAUAUUACACCUGAGGACCUACCAUUAUUGCUUGAGUUUCUUUGUAGAAGCACAGCUAUGGAAUAGCCCCACCCUGCUUCCUUUUGAGAGAAAACCUUAAAGCCUGUGCUCAUAUGGAAAGGUGGCUCUGUCCUCUGCAGCAUGUCCCACCAGCCUCAGGCUGUGGCAGCGUGUGAAUCUCAGCAGCUUGUUGAGGUGUGUGCACGCUGGCCAUACUCCAACUGCAGUGGUCUGGGUUCAGCAUAGGAUUUGUCUGCUGGUUUACACUGCUUUUUGUCCUACUUAUGUCUCUUCUGUGUGGAAGUAAGUACAUCUCAGAAACAGUUUGGUUAUGCAGGUAGCAGUGGGAUAUAGGCAAUGGCAGAUUGAUGCAGGAGCAGUCUGACUGUGGAGUGAGGUUUGCAGUAAGAUUUGGCGUAACUGUAAGGCCUGUGUUGCACCUAGAUGUACCCUACAGCUGAGAUCUCAUAAUGGGCUUGCUCACUUUCGCUGCAGUGGUGCUUCAAACUGGAUUCCUUCUCAGAGAAGAAAUACAAGCUUGAUACCAAAAUUAAGAUUGGAGAGAACAGAUGUGGUGUUUGUGUGUCACACUGAGGCUUGAAGUGCUUUUGCUCUCUAACCACCCUGCCUAGUGAACUUGUUUCUGUAUGCCUCAGUUUCCCUGUCUGCACAGUGCAGGCAACUACUGAAAUUUAUUUGAGAUGUGUGAAUAAGGAAAUGUGACUUGUGAGCGUGUUGGGAAGGAAAGAAUUUCUAAGGAGUGGCCUUACAUUGUCCAAGCAUACCUGUCUGUUUUUAACUAAUGUUGUAUUUCUAAGUAGACUUUAAAGAUUGAGUGAUGGGUGCAUAUGGUCUGAUGAGCUCUUCAAAACUGGUAAGAGUCAAGUCAGUCAAAAAGUCUAACUUGUUUCUGAUAUGUUGAUAACACUUUUGUAUUGUAAUAUGCUCCUAUGACCUGUAAAUAGCUCACAAACCUUCUAUCA